AUGGGCAUCCAACCACACACAAUCGCGGCUCCACGCGCCCCAGCGCCCACCCAACGCUUCAUCACCCGUGGCGUCGCCAUCAUCACCGUCCUCGCACUCGUCACCGCCGUCUGCCUGCGCCAAUUCCAAAAUUACACCUGCAUGUCACAGGCCUGCUCCGAGCGCGACGAUGACUACGCCUACCAAAAUCUCGUCACCGUCUACGCCUUCUAUGGCUUCUCCCUUUUCCUCGGGAUCGCCGUCUACGCUGCCCAACACCGCCGCAGCCGACAGUGGGCGGCUGUCACGGCUUUCAAGAUUGGGAGGUGUCGAGUCUCCCGGAUGAGGAUCUUCGUGUGGACGGCCGUAAUCGUGUUCCAGGUCCUGGUGUUUGCUUAUUGGUGGGAUGCGGCGAAUAAGGUUCGCGUCGAGCAGAUGAGGGAACGGAUGGCGAAGGGUGGUGCUGCCACCGGUGGACAUCGCCGACGCGCCGAGAUGGCUCAUGAUACUGAGAUCCAUAUCCCGUUCACGUUUGACAUCUUUUGCUCCAACAUGUUCAGAGCCAGCGCUCAUCCCCUUGCCAUCCAACUCGCACUCGCUCUCCUUCCCAUCUCUCGCCGAGGCAUCCUCUCCUCCCUCCUCAACAUCGACUACGAUGACUCACUCCAAUUCCAUCGAUGGUCCGGCGCGGCCUCCGUCUUGUUUGCCUUCCUCCAUGGCGCUGCCCAUGAGGCACCUGGGUUCAGGAACAGAGGCUUUGUUGGGCAAAUGCAGGCGAGGUUCAAGCCUGCUGCGACUUACAGGAAUGGAAUCUCCCUAAUCGGCUUCAUCGCCGCCCUCAUCUUCCUCUGGGUCGGCCUCAACGCCAUCCCCUACAUCCGCCGCAACAACUACACCUGGUUCUACCUCAACCACAUGCUCGCCUUCGUCGGCAUUGGCCUCGCCUUCCUGCACGCCAGCCCAAUGUUCUACCUCUCACUCCCCGCCCUCGCCGUCUACGUCUUCGACCUCGCAACGCGGCUGUACAGCAGGCAUAGGGAUACAUGCCACAUUAUCGACGUGCGGAAGGAGGACUGUGGGUACCUGCGAGUCGACAUUGCGGGUUGGGAGGGUGUGUAUACCCCUGGUCAGUGGGUGUCGGUCAAGAUCCCCGAGCUGUCGCAUUUCAUGUGGCAUCCAUUCACGAUUGCGUCAGCGCCAGCGCAGAAGAGGAUUGGAUAUGUGGGUCCGGAUAUCGACGACAACGGCAGGGACGCUCCUGUGACGGUGUAUCAUGACGAUGAGGUGCCGCGCGGCGAGGAAAAGAAGGCAAAGUACCGCCGAGGAGAAUCGCAGGAGACGGUUUUGCGAAAUACGUCUGAUGCGGUGCCUGUCAGCAACGUGAUUACGUUGAUUAUCAAACCAACAAACAAACAAGGACGGUGGACAAGCUCGUUGAUCAAGUUAUGGGAGAAGCGGAAGGGCGAAGAGGGACAUAGUCCAAUAAAGAUCCUCGUCGACGGGCCCCACGGCAACCUCCCACUCGGCUUCCUCGAAUCGCCUCACAUCGUCGCCAUCGCCGGCGGCAGCGGUAUCCCCGGCGCCCUCUCCAUCGCCAACCACGUCCUCUCGGCCUCGAACCCCCAUCUCGACCAAAGCGUCGAUUUCGUCUGGACGGCGCGCGAAGAGUUUGCAGGCAAACUGUCGGCGUUUGCGGAACUGCAAGAAGCUCACGGCGCCGUGCAUCGCGAGAACGUCGAGAGACUGCGUGAGUUGCACGUACGCCAACGACGAGCAUCAUCAAGUUCGGAUGGACGACAACAACAAGACUACGAAUACAUCGAGGUCGAACCCGAAUCAACACACACCUGUAAUUUCAACCUCUCCUCGGCAACACGGCUCGACGUCUUCGCCACCGUCGCCGAGAUCAUGGACCGUCACGCAGAAGCGGACGAUGUGUCGAUUUACGCGUGUGGGCCGCGGACGUUGUUGGAGGCCGUGGCGGAUGCGGUGGGUGUCGCGAGGAAGCGGAGGACCGGAAGGAUGGUGUUGCAUUUGGAGGGAUAUGAGCGGUGA